AUUUUAUUUACUAGCCUCGUUAAUUUUACAAAAUUAGUAACAAGUAACUACAAGCGUGCAUGUUCUUGUCUAUGACGAAGUGUUUGCUUUCUCUAAUCUUCUAACAACACAUCCUGUUGUUCUAACAACACCUCCUGUUGUAAAAUCUUGGCUGAAACUACAGUAAAUACGCGGUACCAAAUUUGCAUUUUGGCCGUCAACUUUUGCAGUGGGAUGAUGGCAAACGUAGAUACUAAAAUAUUUAUUGGUUUUGCCAGUCUGUCGUACUUGUUGACCUUUGAUCGCUUAAAAAUGGACAAAGCCGCACAAGAUAACCGAGCGAACCAGCUAAAUCCGAACCAUCCUUCUUCCGGCCCGGGACGUUCUGCUGGGUACGCAGGGAGCGGAGACCAAGCGGAUCUGGAUAAUCAUUCCAACCAGCUGAAUCCCAAUAAUGACCAGUACGGCGGGGGAAAGCCUGGAGAAACGGCGGAGACUGCAGCCGAAACAAGUGGCCAUGACGACGGUCGAGGUGAUGCACAAAGUGUUCCCGACGACAUCAACAGUCUGGAUGAUGCCGAGGAUGAGGAAGCUGAUGCGGAAAAUGCUGACGAAAACGAUGGCGGCGAUGGGGAUGACCAGGGCGCAGAAAAUGGCGACGACGCCGGGGAUGGCGAUGACGGUGGAGAUGAUGCCGGGGAUGAUGAUGGCGAUGACGGCGUCGACGAAUAGAACCGUCAAGUGUCCUGUUGUUAAUGGACGAUAUUGAAAUUGUUAUUGGUUUGCAAAUUUCCGGACUGUAGUAAUUACACGGAUUUUAGGAAAUUUUCGAUGAGGGAAUAUGGUUGUGCUGUGCCCUAACGGUGUACUUCCAUCGUUCUUUUGUUUGCAUUUUUUUGGUUUACAUGUUACGCAAGAUUAGGUUGAAUGAUGACUUCGGAUUUGCACAAUAAAUAUUUUGUGUUUCCAGUC